GCCGCAGAGGGUGAUAACGGCGUGCUCGAGUUCAAGGAUGGCAUGACGCUCGAUGUCACGAAGCCCUUGCGGACGAACGAGAAAGUCGAGAACUGCAAGUUCGUUGACAUCUUCCGCAAGACGAAGGACCAGAACGCCGAGAAGCUGGGCAGGAAGGUGGAGAACCUCAAGAAGAAGAUGAGCGCUAACGCGGCCAUGUACCAGAUGACCUUGGACAAGACGGACGGCCUCGAUUUCGAUGAGAUUACCGCGGAGCUCCAGAUUUUCGAGGGCGCCAAGGACCUCUUCCAGCACCCCUUCAUCGUUGCUUUGAACCCGUACGCGUGGGUGUGGGACUUCAACAGCGUGGUAUUCCCAGGCGUAGCAUGUGCCUCGAUGGUCAUUGAAGGCGCAGUGUUUUUCAAGCUGAUGCCCAUCUCGUACCUGAUCCAGUCUGGAAUGUCUUCGCUCAGCUCUCUCAAUCAGUACCUGGCCUCGUGCAAGGACGUCAAGGAGGUGCUCGGACACGUCGACUGCAAGCAAGGUGUCCUGAACCAGGGCGACAUCCUCUUCACCCCGUUCGGUUUCGCGACGAUACUCGUGGCCAUUGGCGAGAAGGGCGACAAGGAGCCGCCCAAGGCUGUCUCCAUUAGCAUCCCCAUCUUCCAGAAAAAGAUCGACGAGUCAAUCGACGAGGAGGCGAAGAAGGAGAUCUUUCGCUACAUCGAGGCCGGCCUGUCGAAGCACAAGGAUAGUAAGACGUGGAAGAGCGCCUGCGGCCCCCUGACGAAGUGGGCGGAGUCGGCAGCCAAGUUGUGCGUUGCAGGUUUUGGAGCUCAGGUGAUUGCGGUGCCCUGGGGAGGGAUCCACAAUGCAAAGGAGUGA